AAAAAAACUUCCCCCAUAUAUAAAAGAAGAAGAAAGAAAAGUAGUGAUUGAUGAAAUUUGGAGAUGAUGGGCAUUAAAACAUGGGUGAUCUUCAUCUCUCUCACAACCACAGCAAGCUCCCAAUACUCAGGCCAUUCAUGCUCCACCACCGGCAACUACACCCGAGAAAGCCUUUACAGAGCCGACCUCAACGCCCUCCUCGCCUCCCUCUCCUCUACCAACGCCACCUUCUACAACGCCUCCGCCGGCCAAGCCAACGCCGCCGCCCUCUGCCGCCCCGACAUCCAGCCCACCACCUGCCGCGGCUGCGUCAAGAUCGCCGCCGCCGACGUCCUCGCGCAGUGCCCCGACCAGCUGGAGGCCGUCGUCUGAUAUGAAUACUGCACGCUGCGAUACUCCAACCACUCCUUCUUCGGACAACUGGCCACCGAUCCCCAACACAUAAUCUUCAACAAAUUGAACGGUUUCACGAGUCAGGAGGCGAGGGCGGCGCUGCUCGACGAUCUCCGCUCCCGGGCCGCCGCCGGAGGGUCGGUUCUGAAGGCGGCCGCCGGGAGCAGGGCGGCCGGCGGAUCCAACCAGACGGUUUUCGGGCUGGUGCAGUGCUCGCCGGAUUUGUCGGCGGAGAAUUGCUCGAGGUGCCUGGCCGAGGCCGCCGCCGUUAUUCCGGCUUGCUGCGAUGCGUUGGUAGGCGUUAGAGUGUACACGCCGAGUUGCACUAUUCGUUACGAGCUUUCGGAUUUCUAUAAUGAGACGAGGCUGCAAGAACUGAUUGCAGCGUCGCCGCCGCCCAUUGCAGGGAGUGAUGGUGAUGCUAAUAAAAUUAGGAAUAUCGUCAUUAUCGUCGUAUCCAUUGUUUCUUUCCUAACCCUAGCAUUCUUUCUAAGAAAGAAAACGAAAAAACAUGAGACAACCGAGGAUCCCAACGUCGAAUCCAUACAAUAUGAAUUUCACAAGAUUAAAGCUGCAACAAACAAUUUCUCUGAUGCUAACGCUCUGGGGCGAGGUGGAUUUGGGAUUGUUUACAAGGGCAAACUUGAAAAUGGAAAAGAAAUAGCAGUGAAAAGAUUAUCAAGGGAUUUAGGGCAAGGCGAGGGCGAGUUCAAGAAUGAAGUGUUGUUGGUAGCAAGGCUUCAACAUAGGAAUUUGGUUAGACUCUUAGGUUUCUCCACACAAGGAAUUGAGAGGCUUCUUGUCUACGAGUUCGUGCCAAAUGGAAGCUUAGACAAUUUCCUAUAUGAUGGAGUGAGCUUAGAUUGGGACAUGCGUUUCAAGAUCAUCGGGGGUGUUGCACGAGGACUUCUUUAUUUACACGAAGAUUCAAGGCUUCGUAUAGUCCACCGCGAUCUCAAGCCUAGUAAUGUGCUACUUGAUCAAGAUAUGAACCCUAAAAUCUCGGAUUUUGGUCUUGCUAAACUAGUCAUGCCAGAUUUCACUCAAGAGAGUGCCAGCAGGAUUGUUGGGACCUAUGGAUAUAUGGCACCAGAAUAUGCAAUGCAAGGCCGUUUCUCGAUCAAAUCGGAUGUGUAUAGUUUGGGUGUGCUCAUUCUUGAAAUUGUGAGCGCCCAAAAACGGAUAAUGCAAAAUGGAGGGGACCUUCUCACUCAUGCAUGGAGAAAUUGGCGGGAGGGAACAAGUGGUAACAUAAUAGACCCUACAUUGAUGGCUACAUCGAAAUCGCAUCCAGACAUGCUGAAAUGUGUUCACAUUGCUCUCUUAUGUGUUCAACAAAACCCCGAUGAUAGGCCGACGGUCGCGUCUGUGGUUCUGAUGCUCAACACUUGCUCGUCUCUAACUCUGCCUUUGCCUUCUCACUCCCAACAUUACGUUUCUCAUAUAUCCGCCUAGCUACCUCAACACAUGCUCAAAUGGACCAUCUCAUGAUUUCUUCAAAUCCCACAAAUACUACCAAUCGCGGAUAGCUAAAUUAUUUAUUCAUAUGGAGCCCAAUUCUCAAUCUUCAGUGGGAUAGUGUGAUCACAUAACGUAUCAUGAAUUCAAAAUGUAAGAUGUCAUUUUUGGAUAUAUAUAUAUA